AGGGGGAGGAACCGGAAGCGCGGUCCGGCGGGGCCGCGGAAGGCUGACGGCGCGCCGGGCGGCGGGGGUCCGGGCAUGAAGCUGGGCCGGGCCGCCCUGGGCCUGCUGCUGCUGGCGCCGCUGGCGCGCGCGGUGGAGCCCAUCAGCCUGGGGCUGGCCCUGGCCGGCGUGCUCACCAGCUACAUCUCCUACCCGCGCCUCUACUGCCUCUUCGCCGAGUGCUGCAACCACAAGCGGAGCCUCCGCCGCGAAGAGCUGCAGCGGGACCUGGACCGCAAGCUCUUCGGGCAGCAUCUUGCCAAGAAGGUCAUCCUAAACGCCCUGACCGGCUUCAUCAGCAACCCGAAGCCCAAGAAGCCGCUCACGCUCUCCAUGCACGGCUGGACCGGCACCGGCAAGAACUUCGCCAGCAAGAUCAUCGCCGAGAACCUGUACGAGGGCGGCCUCAGCAGCCACUUUGUGCACCUGUUCGUGGCCACGCUGCACUUCCCGCACGCCUCCAACCUCACCCUGUACAAGGACCAGCUACAGCUGUGGAUCCGCGGCAACGUGAGCGCCUGCGCGAGGUCCAUCUUCAUAUUCGAUGAGAUGGACAAGAUGCACGCCGGCCUCAUCGAUGCCAUCAAGCCUUUCCUGGACUAUUACGACCACGUGGACGGGGUCUCCUACCAGAAAGCCAUCUUCAUCUUCCUCAGCAACGCAGGGGCGGAGAGGAUCACAGACGUGGCCCUCGACUUCUGGCGAAGCGGGCGGCGGAGGGAGGAGAUCAAGCUCCGGGACAUGGAGCCCGCCCUGUCGGUGUCGGCCUUCAACAACAAGAACAGUGGCUUCUGGCACAGCAGCUUAAUUGACCGAAAUCUCAUCGACUACUUCGUCCCCUUCCUCCCCCUGGAGUAUAAGCACCUGAAGAUGUGUGUCCGUGUGGAAAUGCAGGCCCGGGGCUAUGAUGUGGACGAGGACAUUGUCACCCGGGUGGCCGACGAGAUGACCUUUUUCCCCAAGGACGAGAAGGUUUUCUCCGACAAAGGCUGCAAGACGGUGUUCACCAAGUUGGACUAUUACUACGAUGACUGACGGCCCGGGAGUCCUGCACGCCGGGGAACUGUGCUCGAACCCGGGCCGGAGGCAGUGCGCUCCUCCUUGGACGCGGCUUCCCGCGCUGUGCGCGCCCAGCGGGCCCGAGGGCGGCUCCUUCCUGCCGGAGGCCGCUCCCGGUCCACUCGGAUCAGGGCUCAUGAUUUUUUAAAAAUCAUGUUUUAAUGUCAAGUGUUUCUGUUUCAAGGAAGGACGAAAAGUUUUACUGAAAUGGGGUAAUUUUAUUUAAAAUGGUUUUAACAUUCUGAGAAGCUUUUCAGACUC